ACCGUUACCGAACCACCUCCAGCUAGCAGCAGCCAGGUCAAUUUUCAGUCUAGACCGAAAACUUCAGUCUCUCUAAUCGUCGGUUGUUCCACUGAGACUACGUCUGGCUCCACUAGACCUCCGUCAACAAAUGUCAGUUUUAUUAAAGAAAUGACCCAAAUCAGACGGUUAUUUCUGUCUAUUUUCAGUCUAGAUUCUAGCUAGGCUACAUGCAAGCUGUCUCGUCCCAAUGUGCUGCCUGCAUGCAGAGCAGAGGAAGCUCCCGUGUUUAUACUGUGCAGCGCAUGCCUCAUCCAGGGCAGUGCAGUAGCUCCAGGUCAUAAUAGAAAAUGGCAAAUCAUCCCGCAGCAGUGAAGAGGAGAAAAUUGUGUGAAGGUACUACAGAUGUGUGUAUAUCUGCAAGAUCUCGCAGUUACGGGAGUGAUGAUGACAUUGCCAUUGGUCCUGGUUCAAGCCAGAUUAUUACCAGUCAUGAUGAGAUGAGGAUUAUACCAGUUCUUCCUGAUCAUGUCUCAGCUCCAGUUUCCUUAGUUUCUGUUUAUGCUGCAGCCAUUCUCGACAAGAAGAACACAAGUACUCUACUUAGGCAGCUUUCAGAUGUGCAUCCUUUAGACAGCUUAUCACACAUCAAAAGAGUACGGAAGCAGACUUUGAAGAACGGGAGUUAUGAAAAAGCUGAACUGCAGAUCAUUCUUUGUGAAACCAGUAAGGUAACACUGCCCAUCACUGAUGAGGUAUCAGUCUCAAUGAUUCUGAAUGAUGACAUCGACAGAGAUCUCCUAGGGGAACCAUUUCUUGCAUACAUUCCUAGUGCCCCACCUCAGACCAAAGCUCAGUAUGAAGAGGCAUCUCAACACUGGCCUACAGCAUACCAUGAAGACAAGGAGCUCAGCAGGCUAAUAUCUGGAGAGCACUUUUCAGCACUGGACAGGAAAAAUGUUCACACAAACAUCCUAACAGCUGUAAGAAAAGCUGAGGAAGCCAAAGUGAAUGGAAAGGCAGCUAUUGGAGCAUUGGUUGUAGAUCCAAAAUCUGAUACCACUCUGGGAAUGACAUCAUCCGUUCCAGGCAUAGGGGAAAACUCACUCCAGCAUGCUGUAAUGAAGUGCAUUGACCUUGUGGCUCAUAGUCAAGGGGGUGGAGCUUGGUCCAUUUGUCCAGAGAGCUGCUAUGAGUCCGUAAAUGGUGAAUGCAGUACCGAUGAAACACCCUAUCUGUGCACAGGAUUCGACCUCUAUAUCACACAAGAACCAUGUGUAAUGUGUGCUAUGGCCCUGGUACAUUCUCGUAUACGUCGUGUCUUCUACAUAGACAGUCACCCAGAUGGUGCUUUAGGGAGCAGAUACAAACUUCAUGCAGAAUCGUCUCUUAAUCAUAGAUACCAAGCCUUCAAGGUUGUUGACCUGUGCAGUGCCGAACAACAGCUUGAUCACAGGUAGCUUUGAGAUUAGUUCAGAAGUCUUCAAAUAUUUAAGCAAGUCCAAACUUUCUUGUCCCAUACAUGUAUGUUACCCACCACAUCUGUGAACUUAGUAUAUCCGAUGAUUAUAUCAAGGCUUGAAUCUGCAAAUCUCCUAUAAAAUAAUAUCUUUGUAUAAAUUUAUGUUUACUAUUCCAUAAUACAAUUGAUAUCCCAUCCAUUGGACCUUGCCGUUGACAAUCUUCAUACAGUCAGCUGCAUUUCAGCUCUCUGGAAUUAGAAGUAAGAGGAAGCCCCUUGGGAACCGGUAUGUCCUUUAAAUGAAGUUGGGAGAAUGGCUCAAGAAAAAGGCUGACCUUAACAGCAGCAAGGUGUGGAUUGGGAUAAUGGUUGUCCUCCUCCUCCUUAUCGUUGUCUAGUAAAUACGCUGUUGGACUGUAGAUUAUAUGAUUCAUGUUUUGAGUCCCGCUGCGGCACUUAUGACCUUUAGCAGGAUGUUAAUCUACAUUUGCCACUACUGGUUGGAAGGAAUUCCUUGCAUACUGUAAAUGGUAGCCUAGUAAGCAGAGCCAGGUAUUAUUGGAGCCCUUUGAGCACCUAGCAUGGUGAAUUUGUUUGCUAUGAAGAUUUCCAAUACUAUAAUUAUUUUCAUAAUUAUACAUGUACAUGUGUGUGUAAAACAAUGGGGAUUGGAUGCAUUAAACUUUAGUUCACCAUUAUUUUAUGCUAGGACGAUUAAGCAUUUUAACAAUAUUUUAAAGAAUUUUGUAAUUUUUAGUAGUAUAUUAGAUCAUGAUAUAUCCUUCAUGUUAAAAAAAAUCAGUGCUAUCAACCUCUCAUGAUGAUCAUUUUGAUGUUUGUUUUGUAAUUUUUCCCCUUUAUAAAUAGUAUUUUGAUAUGAAAAUUAAUGUUAUGUAUUGUGUAUGAAAUAGGUUUAUAUAUUGGGAUUUGUUUUUGGAAAGUUAAACAGAAUGAUAUGUUAUCAUGUAGUGAAUUGACUUCCUUUAAUUGCCUCUUGUUUUCACAUCCAUUAGCGAAUGCUUACAGACAAUUUGCCAUUCCUAAUGUACAUAUAACUUAAUAAUAAAAAUGAAAAUAUAUAUUUUACUUCUUUAUAAUUCUUUUUGCCUCUCUUGUCAUCCAUACGCUGAAGACCGAUUUCUCACCAUGUUGUUGAGUCCUUUACCAAUAACUGUGAAAAAUGUGAAUUGGAAUUUCAAUUGUUUGCCUGAAAUUUGAAGAAAAAUAGGUGCUUUGAAAUAUGUAGUCAAAAUAAUUUUUAAUAAAUUCAAAAAUAAUUUCGACUAUAAUUUAUUCAAAUUAUAAUUGUUUAAUAUUCAAAACAAUACAAGAGUUUCCAUGUUGAAAGAGUGAAACUCGGCAGUUUAUAACUCUUCAGUGCCUAAAUAGAGUCAUGCAAUUUUUCACUUUUGAGUUCAAAAUUUCCGCAACGAGUGAUGCCUCUGGUUCAAUUAUAUAUAAUGUAAUUGACCUAGGGAAUGCUUGGACUGAGCAAAAAAUUGAACUUUUAAUACAUGCUCAACCUAAUGUGAUUUGAGCUUUACUGAAAUGUAAUGUUUUGUACACAGCUCGAUAAAUUACCACAGCAUUAAGUUAUUUAUGAUUAAGAAAUCAUUAAUUUGGUUGAACAAAAUUUCCAUGGGCAUCAAUAUCAAAUUGACAAUAUGUCGGUCCAACGAUACACGUGUAAUCAGUGCUAGAAAUAAGAUCAAUAAAGCCUACAUGGAGUACCAGAAAGAUACAACUGAUGAAAAUCGGCAGAUCUACAAGCAAGCCAAGCACAACCUUGAGGAAGCAUACAAUGUAGUUAUAGAAGAAGAUCUUGAUAGUAAACUAAAAGAUGUGGAGAGAGCGCAUGCCAACAGUAAACAUGGGCAGAGCUGGAGACUCAUAAAUGACAUAACCGGAAGGAAAGCAUCCCCGAAA